UACCAUUAAACCGUGGAGUGAGUAAUAAAUACAAUUGUAUGCCAAAAAAGCACAAAAAGGGAAGAUAAAAAGAAAACUAACUAAAAAAAAUAGCAAAAUCAUUAAAUAUAAAAAAAUAAAUUAAUAGAAAAUGUCUCAUCAAACUGGUAUUAAAGCCAAUGAAAAACUAUUGAAAGUUUUUGGAAAAGCUAAAAAUGGAAAAUUACGUGUCAUCAAAGUGUCUAUUGAAAAUGAGGAAUUAUCUUGCUCAACCACCGCAGAUGUAAAAAAAGACUGGGAAAAAGAUUUUGAUAAACUUGUUGCUCCUCUAAUUGAAGACAAUGUACCAUGCUAUAUUUUAUACCGUUUGGAUAAUAAAACAUCGUUAGGUUAUGCCUGGCUGUUGCUCAGUUGGGUACCUGAUACUGCUUCCAUACGCCAGAAAAUGGUUUAUGCUUCCACUAAAGCAACGCUCAAACAAGAAUUCGGUUCAGCUCAUAUCACUGAAGAAAUACAUGCCACCUCAAAAGACGAAACUACGUUAGAGGGUUACCAAAAGCAUAAAAAAGCCUUUGCCGCUCCAGCUCCUCUAACUACACGUGAAGAAGAGAUGGCUGAAUUACGAAAAACUGAAGUAAACACUGAAAUAAAUACUGAUACUCGCCAUCAAACACUGGGUGGCAUAUCAUGUCCCUUGUCGGAUGCCACAAAACUAGCUGUUCGAGAUUUACUUAGCGGAUCCUAUGAUUAUUUGCAAUUUCGCAUUGAUUUAGAGGCCGAACAGAUACAUGUUUCGCAUGCUGCGGUCGUACCAUUAACAGAACUUCCAAAACAAAUACCCGAUGAUCAUGCUCGUUACCAUUUGUAUUUAUUUAAACAUACUCAUGAAGGUGAUUAUUUAGAAUCGUUUGUCUUCAUUUACUCCAUGCCCGGUUACAAUUGUUCCGUAAGGGAACGAAUGAUGUAUUCUAGCUGUAAACAGCCAUUUUUGGAAACCUUACACUCAUUUGGUCUAGAAAUAGUUAAAAAGCUUGAAAUUGACACAGGUUCUGAACUAACCGAAGAAUUUCUGCAAGAUGAAUUACAUCCUAAAAAAAUGCUCCACCGACCAGCUUUUGCCAAACCAAAAGGGCCUCCCAAUCGUGGUGCUAAGCGAUUAACUAAACCCCAAGAACAAUCAACAUAAACGUAUUAAUUUAGCAUUUUGAAUUAGAUAUUUUUUAUUUUGCUUUUUUAGUUAAUGGUAUUGUAAAAUAUCAGAAGAAAUUUUUUAUAUAAUUUCUUUCCAGACUGCUUAUGCUAUUUACAUACAUAUAUUUCAGAAUGCUUUUCUUAGCCUUGAAAUUGAAGUAUUUUUUUAUUCAUAAUUUUGUGUGCAUUAUUUUUUAUAAGAAAAUUUAACAAAGUUUUUUUUCGUAUAUUAUUAUUUUAUUUUUUAUUUUAUUGCAAAUCGAAAUUGGAUAUUUAUUUUAGCUAUAUAAAUAUAUGUUUCUUUAAUAAAAUCAUAAAACUAUAAUCCUUUAAA